CUCCUCUGGUCCUACAUCAAAACAACAACAUCCAUCGUGAGCCCCUUUCACGAUCCUAUUCCCCAUCCCACCAUGGCCUCAGACAAAGCAACGCAACUCCCAUUCUCCGGCCCCUCCCUCUUCACCUCCGGCACGGAUCAACGCAUCACCCGCCUCUCAAAAGUCCUCUCCACGUCCUCUGGGGUCGAUGCAACACUCACCCUCGUCGGCUAUGGCCUCUUCUUCGUCUCCUCUCAGAUCUCCAACCUCGAGAACCUCGAAAUUACGGCUCUCACCAACCCCAAUGCUUCUCCAGACACGUUAAAACAUGGCCCCGCCUCGGUGAUGAAGCUCGCUGAGCUCGGGGCUAGUACUAAGACUCUGGCUGGGAUGUGUUCUGAUUUCCGGACUUUCACGAGAUUGUGGGGACUACUUGGUGUUUACGCCAUGGCUAAGAGGAAUUAUGUUGAUCCGCCGAAAGACGUUGUGGUCCGUGCUGUUUCAUAUGCGCAGACUCUUUCGCUGGGCGCGUAUUAUGUCUACGAGAAUGGAUACUAUCUGGCCGGUAAAGGUGUUCUGAGAGGCUGGACAGUGGCGGAUAUUAAGAGAUGGGCUAAGACGAGUUUGCGGAUGUUUCUAGCGUAUGUGGCGCUUGAAUUUGUGAGGUUGUAUCGUGCGAGACAGUUGAGGGAGACGAGGAAGGUGAAGGCGGUUGACGAGAAGGAUAGAAAGGGGAUCGAGGCGGAGGAAGCGAGUUGGUUGAGGAGUGCGCUGAUGAAUGUUGCUUAUACGCCUUUGAGCAUGCAUUGGGCUUUCGAGGGUGGGAUGCUGAGUGAUGGGGUUGUUGGAGCGUUGAUGUCUGCGGUUGGGUUGAUCAAAUUUAGAGCUGCUUGGGCGCAGGCGGCUUGAGAUGGAGAAGUGGAUAAGUGUCAAAAUUGUAUUACUAAAUCUUUUUUCAGUCCAAGUAAAGUGGCACAAGUUAAUUUGCGCUAUCCAUCUCAUCCGAACAUUUCAACUGGUUCUCAUUAAAUUGGCGACGCUGGCAAACCUAAUGUGGGCCUUGAAUGGUAGAUAUUCAUUUUGGAAUGCUA